CUUUUGCCAUAAAAUGGCACUGUAACCUAGAUUACAAAGAAGUACCAUAGAAAGUAAUCUGUGAAUUGUGGAGAGAGAGAGAAUUUAUGUGAGUUUGUGGUGUGCGGGUUUGUUUUUGGAAGAAUUUUUACAUUUAAUGAAUCAGUAUUAAUUGUAUUUGAGUUAUGGAGACAAUUCUAGAGCAACAACGAAGAUAUCAUGAAGAGAGAGAACGACUUAUGGAUGCAAUGGUAAAGGAAAUGCUUCACAAAAAGUCUGGUUAUCGUGAAGUAAUAAACUCUGAUCAUCGGCUGAAAAUGCUGCUUGAUCAUUUCAUGGAUAGCACUAACAAUUUGAAGGAGUUAUAUGAAGAUAAAGAUGGUCUGCGGAAGGAAGAAGUGGCAGCACUGUCUGGACCAAAUGAAUUUGCAGAAUUUUACACAAGGUUGAAGGGUAUCAAGGAUUUUUACCGACGUUUGCCAAAUGAGGUCAGUGUUCCUAUGUCCGUAGAGUUUGAAGAGCUGGCCAAGCUAAGAGAUAAUCCUUCUGAUGAACAAGCUAAUAUGGUAGAGUUUACAGAUGAGGAAGGGUAUGGCAAGUACUUGGACCUUCAUGAGUGUUACGAGAAGUAUGUGAAUCUGAAGGGCAUAGAGAAGGUGGAUUACAUCACAUAUCUGACAACAUUUGAUCACUUGUUUGACAUCCCUAAAGAUCGUAAAAACUCAGAGUACCGCAAGUAUCUGGAUGUUCUGUUGGAUUACCUUCACAUGUACUUGACACGAGUCCGCCCACUGUUAGACCUGAACGCUGAACUGGAGAAUGUGCAACGACAGUUUCAAACCCAGUGGGAAGCUGGCACCUUCCCUGGCUGGCCCAAAGAAACUGGCAGUGCACUGACACAUGUAGGUGCACAUUUGGACCUUUCCGCCUUUUCAUCGUGGGAGGAAUUAGCUUCCCUCGGACUUGAUCGUCUCAAAUCUGCUCUCAUGGCUCUUGGACUUAAAUGUGGAGGGACUUUGGAGGAGCGAGCCCAGCGGUUGUUUGGCACAAAGGGCAAGAAGUCAUUAGAUCCAUCACUGUUUGCAAAGAACAAGCCAGGCAAAGUGGGACGAGGCAAGGAGAGUGAACGCCAGCGUGAGAUUUCUUCCCUUGAGGCUCAAGUAUACAGAUUCACAGAGCUCUUGUCAGAACAGAGGAAUGCCACAAAAGAAAAUGUUCAGAGGAAACAAGCUCGUACUGAAGGGGAGCGUGACGACUCUGAUGCUGAAGCCAGUGCAAGUGAAUCAGAUGAUGAAGAUGAUAGUGAUGUCCCAUACAAUCCAAAGAACUUGCCGCUAGGUUGGGAUGGCAAGCCAAUCCCCUACUGGCUUUACAAACUGCAUGGACUUAACAUCAGCUAUAAUUGUGAGAUCUGUGGCAACUUUACUUACAAGGGCCCCAAGGCUUUCCAGAGGCACUUUGCUGAAUGGCGUCAUGCUCACGGAAUGAGAUGUCUGGGAAUCCCAAACACAGCUCACUUUGCCAAUGUUACACAGAUUGAAGAUGCCCUUGCAUUAUGGGAGAAGUUGAAGAAUCAGAAGCAUGGAGAGCGCUGGCAACCAGAACAGGAGGAAGAGUAUGAAGAUUCACAAGGAAAUGUUGUUAAUCGUAAGACUUUUGAAGAUCUUAAGAGGCAGGGGCUCUUGUGAUUUACUCUUGACGUGUGAAGUGGAAACUACUGACUUGUCUGGAUAUUUGUGGCAUCUUUAUUUCAGAAGGUGAAAUUACUAUGGACUAUUUAUUCUGGAAGAUACUGGUGAGGUUUCUCCUAUGCCUAGUUAUGUCAUGAGGGUGACAGUCAAAUUUAGUGCAUUUUCAUGCAGCACUUUCCUUACAACAGAUGCUCUUUCCAGACAGACAUUGAGACCAUAAACUCCCCCUGAACUGUUCUUCUAUCCUCUUAAUUUUUUGCUUUCUGCUAGAGUACCUCGUUUCGUGUUUCUGGUCUGUCGGGUUAUGACAUUUAAACUGCCUUUCUGCCAUGUUCUCAUGGAGAAAGUUGGGGGCUGGCCACAGGUGGAAUGAUCAGCACAUCUGCAGUGUUGAAAGCAAAAUUCAGAUGUUACAGUCUUCAUUGUCAGCUCCAGUAUACAUUUCAAACGCACAGACCUACCAUCACUUAUUUUAUUUUAUGCCAGGUAUCAAAUAUUUUAUGGUUUCCUUUUAUAUAUUUUCAAAAAUUUACAUACACUCUGAACUUACCUUUGUCAAUGGUAAUUUUUCAUUUUAGACUGUAGUGUUAUCAAUAAUUUGUGAUUAAUUUAAUAUAGAUUUCACUUUGCACAAUGCAUCAUAA